AUGUUGAGUCUCAUCAUUGCCCUUUGGGCCGGGCACGCCCUCAGUGCGGCAUGUGAUGGUACCGUCGCCUCGCCGAUGGCGCUUCCCAUCACAGAUACCGCCGUCGACCCUAACAUUCCCGACUCCUUGAUGAGAGGCGUACCAGCAAAGAUUGGCACCCCUCCCCAGAAUAUCAUGGUGCUGCCAUGGCCGGACCUAAACAACACCUACAUCUACGACCAAGAGGCGUACUGCGACCCUUCUAUCAUAUGGAACGACAAGAUCUGCGAGAUUCGGAGGGGAGGCUACUUUCUCGAUGCCGAAUCAACCAGCUUCACCAAAUACUCGGACCUCGUCGCCUCAGGAGGCGCCACUCAGGAGCUGACAACUCGGGGAACCGAGCUGGGUGUGCGAAAGCUAUUGUCAACCAGCCUUGCGGGUACGGAACGCUUCGCCGCUGGCACCGGCAACCUCACGACCACGCCCAUUGGCAUUCCGCGCAUGCGCUGGGACAACGGCUACACCACCCUUCACGCCCUUGGCCUCGGGUCCAACUCUACCUUCCUAAACGCCCUGGUCCAGUCCCGCCAGAUCCCGUCCCGGGUUUGGUCCAUCUUCUGGGGACGCAUGUGGACCGGCAGCGCCGACACCGACAUGGACGGGUCGCUGGUGCUGGGCGGCUAUGAUCAGGAGAAGGUGAUUGGGCGCAACGUGACGCAGCAGCUCGACUACAGCGAGGACACCGGGUGCUGGACGGGGAUGUCGGUGACCGUUUCGAAUGUCUUGGUCAACUUCAGGAACGGCACCGACUUCAGCAUCAUGCCGCGCAACUCGGCCGUUCCGUGCUGUAUUGUGCCGCAGCGUCAGUUCGUAUGGGAGGCCCCCGCCGGCAUCGUGAGCGCGUUCGAGGGAGCGACCCAAAUGACCAGUAUCGGACUGUCGUAUGGGUUGCACUGGGGUGCCAGUCAAUACAAUGCUUCAGGGAACAUCUUCGAUGGUGAUUUGACCUUCAUCCUCUCCAACGGCCUCCAAAUCCGUAUUCCCAACAACCAGCUAAUAACACCCUUCAUCGACGUCGAUCGAAACGGCUCCCGUCUCGUCCACCAAGAUAGACGAGAGCUGCUGGUGGCCAGCGUGAUCGAUAACCCCACAACCCUAGGCCGCUAUUUCUUCACGGCGGCAUACCUGAUGGUGGACCACGAUGCUCAUACCUUCACCAUGUGGCAAGCCAAUCCGUCGACGAAAAGCAACUUGGUACCCGUCAUCAGCAAGUCAGCCGACAACGAGGAGAGCGCCUGCGGAGGAGACGGAGGCGCCGGUGGCACUGGGGGUUCGACUGGCGGGGACAGCACCGGUAGCACUGGAGGUACAACGAACGGGGCAGACAGCGCCGAUGAGCGCGCGAAUGGGUCGUCUUCACCCAGCACAGGCGCGAUCGUCGGAGCCGCAGUCGGGGGCGUAGCUGCGCUGGGCGCCCUCGCAAUCCUGGUUUCCGGCCUUGUUCGGAGGAAGAAGAAGCGUGCGAUGAUCGCUUCCAGCUUGCCAACGUCAGAAACCUCCGAAUUGAAGCCUCAAGCCGGAGGCACAGCUGAGCUCUAUAAUAACCCCGACAAGCCUGGCCCCUGGGAAGCGCCGGUGCCCCCUUACUCGCACUGUGAAUUGCACGGGAUGUCGGCCGUAAACCACGAACAGGGACACUGGUCGUGGACGAACCGCCGGACGUUGGGACAGUCAGACAUGGUAUACGAGUUGGGCAGUACCGAGACGCCGCCUAAAUGA